AUUUUAUAUUAGGGGACCGUGCGCGCUAAGCUAAGGUUACCAAGCGGCUUUUUUUCCUUUUGGAUGCUUAUUUCACGCGACAGGCAGGGAUUCUGAACCAUUCCUAUUCCUACGGCUUAAAAAGUCUCACAAGCCUUGUACAUAUUUGCAUGUCAUUCAUCAGUGUCCCAUUACCGAAUACUUUUGAGGCAUUUGAUACAAUAUUACGCAACGAUUUAACUCCCAGCUUCUUUCUUUUCACUUUUCUCCUUUCUAUUCCCUCGAGCUGCCGAACAAUCUAUUCCCUACAACGAGAAAGAGAAUCAUUUGCCUAUCAUGUCGGAACUCAUAGAUCUAGUCGCCCAUCUAUUCGAUUCGAUAUCCGAGCUCUAUACGCUGGUUCGAGACCGCUUUAGCAACAACGUCAGCGAGUCAUUUAGUUCUAUGACGCCGAAGGAUUGGAUUCGGCUAGUCAUCAUCGUUGGCGCAUAUGCGUUACUACGACCGUACAUCAUCAAAUACGGCGCCAAACACCAAGAAAAGCAGCUCGAGAAACAGUUCGCAGAAGAAGAAGCAAAGCAAGCGGAAAUAUCGCCUAAUCAACUACGCGGCGAGAUCGGCAUACCUGACGAUAGCGACGACGACGAGGAACAAGCGGAAACUACGGCUUCGGAUUGGGGAAAGAAGGCGCGCAAGCGUCAGAGGAACAUGAUAAAGAAGCUGCUGGAUGCCGAGGAAAAGAGACUCCAAGAGCUACAAGAAGACGAAGAGGAUAAGGAUAUUGAACAGUAUCUAGUGGCAGACGACUAGGUAGUUAUACCAUGUACAUAGGAAGAAGAUAUCGACAUGCUUCAUUACCUGUAGCUGGAAUAGCAACAAAAAAAGACCACCUAAUAUUGGGUAAUCAGCUAUUUAUUGUCCUCAAUGUAACCGAUCUAGUAGUAUCUUAUGGUGGUAACUACAUAGUUAUUAUGAACCGAACUUUGUUGUUUGAUAUUCUAUAGCUAUAUCCGUGAUGCCAUCUUCAAAAUAUUAAUUAUUAUUUGGUUCGGCUGAUAAAUAUGUCCAUUUCGCGCAUAUUGUACAAUACGUUGGGUC